AUGUCAAAAUACGAGCGUGGUACCAGCCGUGAGUUUGUUACAUCAAUUUCCGGUGUUGACGUGACAUCCUUGUCGUGGAAGGAUAACAAAGUUGUGAAUCUUGUAUCAACAUACGUUGGUAUGAAGCCCCUUUUGACGCGUGGUCAGACCGAAAGUGCGUCAUCAUCAUCUAUAAAACGAUUCGAUAAAAAAGAUAAAACUGUAAAAAUGAUUUCCUGUCCACAAAUAAUAAAAGAUUACAAUCGUCAUUUGGGUGGCGUAGAUUUACUUGACAGCUGCUUGGGUCGCCACAAGAUCGCGAUGAAAAGUCGCAAAUGGACGAAUAGAAUAUUUUAUCACUUGUUGGAUUUAACAUGUGCUACCUCCUGGAUCCUAUAUAAGAGAAUCAAUAAAGAUCGGCCUGAAUAUAAAGAUAUACGGCUAAUUGAUUUUAAGUUACAAUUAGCUGAUUCCUUAUUUAAUUUCAAGUCUGUUGAACCAGCUAAGCGUGGGCGUCCAAGUCUUGAACCACUUUUGGAGGAAAAACGGAGAAAGCCUAAUUCAUCCAAUGCUCCAUCUAAGGAUAUUCGAUUGGACAUGACGGAUCACUGGACUACUAUGGAAACUAAAGAUGUAAGUAUCCAAACUGCUCAGGUCAAACAAGAAUGUUUUGUACAAAAUGUAAAAUAA